AUGGGCGAGGCGGAGCUGUGCGGGCGGGGCCUAGCGGCGCUGGGCGGUAGAGCCGUGGAGGUGGCCGGCGGCAGGGUCGGGCCAGGCUGGAGAGUGGCGCGCGACGAGCGGAUCGAGCAGGGCGACUGGAGGUGGAAGAUGAAGGGAGGCCGGCAGUGCCGGUGGGAAUCGGCCGAUCUGUUGUCUCUAGUGCUGAUCUACAUCUCCUCCAAAUUUCACCGUCAAAUUCCUUAUAUUUCGCUCAGAAUCGACGAAUUUCUGUCCCAAUUUCCGCUGCAGUUCGUCCCCAAUUCGUCCUGUUCGUGCACGACCGGCACUGCCGGCCCCGUCUUACCGGCACUGCCGUCCUACCCGGAACUGCCGGCCGGCCUAGCACGGCACUGCCGCCGCCCUCCACCAGCUUCGUCCCGCUUCUUCCACAAGCCACCACGCCGCCGCAUCCAUCCCCCUGCUCGAUCUGCGUCGCCAAGCAGCAUCCACGCCCCAGCUUCCGCCCUCGCGCGCUGCGCCACCAUCCCGCCGCUGCACAGCAGCUCGCCAAUCACCGGGCCGCCCCGUCCCUGCUCCGCUCGCCCGCGCCUUGGGUCGCCCGCCGCCGCCACAACACACGCGCGCACGCACGCCAGGCAUCGCCACCAAGCCACGCUCGCGCAGCAGCUCAGCCGCUGCCUCCGCCCCACUCGCCCCGCCUCGAUCCGCCCCAGGCCGCCAGCCAUCGGCCCCGCAGCACCACACCAGGCCGCCGCCACCACAGCCUCGCCCGCACGCGCGAAUUCGCCUCUAGACGCAGCAAAUCCACCAGCAAUCAAUCCCCAAUUUCGUUUUGACCUCCGUGCAUCCACAUCCACGCACAGCCGGCCAAUCAGCUUCAGCACGCGCGCCCUAUUCAGCUCAAUCUCCAAGCAGCAGCUCCACACGCGCAAGGCUCCUGGCCAAUUCCCUCCGCCGUUUUGCUCACGGCCCGGCAGUGCCGCUUGCACGACCGGCACUGCCGGCCCCGUCUUACCGGCACUCGCCGUCCUACCCGGAACUGCCGGCCGGCCUAGCACGGCACUCGCCGCCGCCCUCCACCAGCCUUCGUCCCGCUUCUUCCACAAGCCACCACGCCGCCGCAUCCAUCCCCCUGCUCGAUCUGCGUCGCCAAGCAGCAUCCACGCCCCAGCUUCCGCCCUCGCGCGCUGCGCCACCAUCCCGCCGCUGCACAGCAGCUCGCCAAUCACCGGGCCGCCCCGUCCCUGCUCCGCUCGCCCGCGCCUUGGGUCGCCCGCCGCCGCCACAACACACGCGCGCACGCACGCCAGGCAUCGCCACCAAGCCACGCUCGCGCAGCAGCUCAGCCGCUGCCUCCGCCCCACUCGCCCCGCCUCGAUCCGCCCCAGGCCGCCAGCCAUCGGCCCCGCAGCACCACACCAGGCCGCCGCCACCACAGCCUCGCCCGCACGCGCGAAUUCGCCUCUGGACGCAGCAAAUCCACCAGCAAUCAAUCCCCAAUUUCGUUUUGACCUCCGUGCAUCCACAUCCACGCACAGCCGGCCAAUCAGCUUCAGCACGCGCGCCCUAUUCAGCUCAAUCUCCAAGCAGCAGCUCCACACGCGCAAGGCUCCUGGCCAAUUCCCUCCGCCGUUUUGCUCACGGCCCGGCAGUGCCGCUGUACGCACUCCGGCAGUGCCGGCCAGACCACCCCGGCAGUGCCGGCCAGACCACCCCGGCAGUGCCGCCCAACACAUACCGGCAGUGCCGGCUAUAGGCUGUUUCAGUUUCGUCCAAUUCUGA